GAGCACCAAAAAAAAAAAAAGAUAGACGAUCAGAUCUUGCUUUGUGUAUGGAGCUAAGUCUGAACUGUUAAAGCCAUCAUGAUUCUGUGGACAGCUAUGCUCCUGUGGGUCAUGUUAAUGAAUGAGUGCAGAGGAAUAUCAUCUUCCUGUUCUAUAUUCACACCAGACUUGUUAGCACGCAGCAUAUCUUUGUCCAGUGGCAGCACAGAUGGAACAAAUUCAUCAGUUCUCAUUGCCUAUAAAAGCAUCAGCAUAACAUUUCACGGAAACUUUACGGACAAAAAAAAAGAAUAUCACGUAGCACUGCGCAGAGGAGUAAAUAACGCCAAGAGUGUGUGUAUGGGAUCCUUCAACUCUUCCUAUCAGCCAUUUACAAUUACCAAAGACAUUAACUGCACUGUGAUCCCUAAUGCAACCAGUGUCACCUUUAACCUAUGGGGUCUUACAGAAGCACAUACAGAUAUUUACUAUUUCUACAAGGAGGACAUGCACCCACCCCCUUACACCUGUAGCAGAGACAAUGGCACAAUUAUACAUGUAAAAGCGGUUUUUCCAGAGUCUGUGCAGACACAAGAGACUACGCCGUCGCCCCCUUCUUGGCCACUUCUGAUCACCCUGGGAGUGUGUGCAGUAUACAGUGUCGUUAUAACUGUAGCAUUUUUUUACCUUUUGAGGAAUAGAAAGAAAAGCAGAAUUCUUCAGGGUGAAUAUAUCAAUGUUGUCCCAAGGCGACCAAAGUAUCAUCAACCUUAUGCACCCACCCCUGUGCAUGCACGGUCCCGCUGACCUCUCUAUUAAAUAACAUCACCUUCUACUACAGUACUGCUCCAUCAGUAAAUCAAAAGCCAAUAUUCACAGCUAACAUUUUGUCAACAUGGAAUUUGAUAUUUCGAAUGCACUUCAUGGAUCAGUGGAAAAUACUAAUUUCAAGCAAAAAUGGAUCUAUGGAGUAUUUAACUCUUUCACACCAGCAGAACGCUGUAGCUCAUUAAAUUUUAGGGCUAUUUGUGUACAUCUUAAAUGAUGAUAAAACACCUCGUCUUGCAAUAAAUUGAGAAUUCAUUUGAUGAUGAAAACUUUCUGAAUACAUUAACAUUAAUUUGUUGCAAGUGUUUUUCAAUAGCCAAUCUUCCCCCCACCACUUUCCUUAUUUGGGGGAGCCAAUGGGAACUUGUUACAUGGCUUAAAUAUUUUUUUCAGCAUUAUAUCUUAUCAUAUCAACUGAGGCCAAUUCGGGACAAAUAUGUAGCAGGGUUAGGCUUGUGAAGUCUGGAGUAUGAACUUUUAGUUUUCACAGGAAUUUUUAAAACCCCAAAUUAAAUUACAGGUAAAGGAAGCAAAAUAAUUUUGUUGCAAUUCCAAAAUUCUUUAUGUUAAUUGAAAAAAUUGCUAUUUCAGGGGUUGAUCCCAAUCCUUUGCAAAAUGUAUCUAAUGAAUUAUAUACAAAAUCUUUAUAGACUUUUUUUUAUUUUUUAUAAAGGAUUUUAAAUUGUUGUAAAUUCUAGUACCUCUUUAAUAAAUCUACAUAGACAUUUGCUGUUAACCCCAUGUAGCCCAGCUCCCAACUGCCCAUGUCACUGAAACAUAGGGUUAUCAAGUAGGUCAGGCUCAAUGCACCAGAGAAUCACUGAUAAAUAUUUUAAAGUGUUAAUUAAUUAUUGAUGCACUAUUGGAAGCUACUUCCUAUCAUUAUCUUUGCUUGGGUCUGGGAUAUGCUGGAGGGAGAGAUAUGAGCUAGUAAAAUUUACAAUGGCAAUAGCAUCUAAGUAUCCAAACUUGUUCAGUAGAUAUGUUUUCUAUUUUUCAUUUGUUUUGCAUUAUCCAUAUAAUGCAAAAACUAGUACUAUAUAUAAAACAAAUCAAAAACAUUGGUCUUCUUCUAAAUAAAUGUAAUAAAAAAUCCUAAAUAAAGUGUUUUAUAUUAUUA